GUCCGGGUUUGGGCAGGCAGUGCUGUCAGCGCGCGGUGCGCCUUGGCACCAGCUGAUAAGGAGAAAAAAUAGAAGCGUCUCCUCUGGAUAUUUAAGGAAGUCUGCAAAUACUUGAUUAAUGGCUGAUCUAGUGCUUGUGAUUGGCAAUGGAAGCAGGGAGCAUGCUUUGGCCUGGAAAUUAGCACAGUCUCCACAUGUAAAACAAGUGCUUGUUGCUCCAGGAAAUGCAGGAACAGCUGGAGAUGGGAAAAUUUCCAAUUCAGCUGUGUUAGUUAGUAACCAUGCAAUCCUUGCCCAGUUCUGCAAAGAUCAUAACAUUGGACUUGUGAUAGUGGGACAAGAGGAUCUUUUGGCAACUGGAAUCGUUGAUUACUUGACAUCAGUAGGAGUGAGAUGCUUUGGACCCACAGCAAAGGCAGCUCAGUUAGAGACCAGUCUAAGCUUUGCCAAAGCCUUUCUGGAUCAGCUUGGGAUCCCAGCAGCAAGGUGGAAAGCCUUCACCAAUCCUCAGGAAGCAUAUAGAUUUGUUAACAGCACAGACUUUCCUGCACUGGUUGUAAAGGCUGGUAGCCCAGCUGCUAGAAAAGAGGUAAUUAUUGCAGCCAGCAAAGAGGAAGCAUGUGAAGCUGUGCAAAAGAUGAUGCAGGAAAACAUGUUUGGGGAGUCUGGAGAGAUGGUUGUCGUUGAGGAACUUCUUAAAGGGGAAGAACUUUCUUGCUUGUGCUUCAGUGAUGGAGUCACAGUUGCCCCCAUGCCACUGGCCCAGGUCCACAGAUAUUUGCUGGAUGGAGACAGAGGUCCAAACACUGAAGGGUUGGGAGCUUUCUGCCCUGCACCUCAGGUUCCAGAAGCUCUUCUACAGAAAAUCAAAGAUGCUAUCUUUCAACCCAUUGUUGAUAAUAUGAGACAAGAAGGAACACCGUAUAUAGGUGUGCUGCAAACAAGAUUAAUGCUUACCAAAGAUGGUGUGAAAGUAUUAAACUUUAAGUGUCACUUUGGUGACCCUGAGUGCCAGGUAAUUCUUCCACUGUUAAAAAAUGACUUUUAUGAAGUGAUUCAAGCAAUAAUCAAAGGCAAACUCUGCAGCCUCAUGCCAGUCUGGUCAGAAAACAGUACUGCUGUGUCUGUGGUUAUGAUAAGCAAAGGAUACCCAGGAGACUAUGCUAAUGGCAUGGAAAUAACAGGUCUUCUUCAGGCGAAAGAGCUGGGAGUGGAGGUGUUCCAUUCAGGCACAACGGUGAAAGAUGGCAAAGUGGUGACGAAUGGUGGAAGAGUCCUUACCGUAACAGCUGUCAUGGAGGAUUUGAUGUCAGCACUAGAACAAGCCAAUGAAGCAGUGGCAGCCAUACAGUUCCAUGGUGCCAUUUAUUGGAAGGAUGUUGGUUACCCAAUUUUAGGAUUUCUCUCACAGUCUGUAGGCCCAGUAUGCAAAGGAAGAAGCAUGGAAACUUUGACCAGCAAUAUUUUGAUUGAUCACUGUGAACGACCAACUGAAAGUAAUACCAUAUCAGGCAGCCAUUCAGAGUUGGAAGGCUUUGCUGGUCUGUUUGACUUGAGAGCGUUUGGAUAUGAUGAUCCUAUUUUAGUGUCUCGAACUAAAGGCCUUGGAACUAAAUUGCAGAUUGCACAGGUGUGUAAGAAACACAAUACCGUUGGUCAGGACUUGGUUGCUGUGUGCAUCAAUGACAUCCUGGCCCAGGGAGCAGAGCCCCUCUUCUUCCUUGACUACUUUGCCUACAGUAAACUUGAUGCUGAAGUGACCCAGGUCAUCAAAGAAGGAAUAGCUGAUGCUUGUAGAAGAGCAGGAUGUAUCCUUUUGGGGAGAGAGAUUGCCGAAAUGCCUGGCAUGUAUUCACUUGGAGAGUAUGACCUUGCUGGCUUUGUAGUUGGUGCAGUGGAACGAAGACAGAUGCUCCUGAAGCUGGAGAAAAUUGCUGAUGGGGAUGUAGUUAUUGGACUAGCUUCUUCUGGGAUUCACAGCAGUGGGUUUAACCUUGUAAGGAAGAUUCUCUUAAUGUCCUCUCUACACUACACUGCUCCAGUACCUGGUGGAUGUGAUGACCAGACUUUAGGAGAGCUGUUGCUAACCCCAGUAAAUAUGUACAGCAAGUCUCUGCUUCCAGUCCUUCGUUCAGGGCAUGUGAAAUCCUGUGCUAUUAUUGCUGAAGGAGGCUUGAUGAAAAGCAUCCCAAGAAUCCUUCCUGAAUCAUGUGGUGUUGUUUUGGAUGCUCAUAGCUGGAAGAUACCCCAGAUCUUUUCCUGGCUCCAUAAUGAGGGGAACCUCUCAGAAGAAGAGAUGGCCCAGGCAUUUAAUUGUGGGAUUGGUGCUGUCUUGGUGGUACAGAAGGAGUUGGCUGAGCAGGUUCUGAUGGACAUAAAGAGACAUGAAGAAGCGUGGGUGAUAGGGAACAUUGUCUCUAUGCGCACAGGAUCUGCUCCUGUGAAAGUCAAGGAUCUCCUGAAAGCCUUGCAGUUACAUGGAUCCCAGUGUCAGCAGAAUGCUGCUCUCUUGGACAGUCACCUCCAGCCCAAAAAGAGCAAAGUGAAAGUAGCUGUUCUCAUCUCUGGAGCAGGUACCAGCCUUGCGGCACUUAUUGCUUAUGCAAAAGAACCAGCAAGCUGUGCCCAAGUGGCCCUUGUCAUCUCUAACAAGCCUGGGGUGGAAGAACUGAGGAAUGCAGCCAGGGCUGGGAUUCCCACCAGGGUGAUUGACCAUAAAUUGUAUGGCAGCCGCUCUGAAUUUGACGGCACAAUCGACAGAGUCCUUGAAGAAUUCUCUGUUGAACUGAUCUGCCUGGCCGGAUUUAUGAGAAUUUUGUCCAGCGCUUUCCUCAGAAAGUGGAGUGGAAAAAUUUUGAAUGUUUAUCCAUCACUUUUGCCACCAGCGAAAGGGGGAAAUGCCUAUAAGUCAGUGCUCCAACCAGGCCACAGAGUGACUGGCUGUACAGUGCAUUUUGUACUGGAGGAGUCCAGUGCAGGAGCAGUAAUUCACCAAGAGCUCAUCCCUGUGGAGGUGGAUGACACGGAGAAGACCUUGUCUGAAAGGCUGAGGGAAGCAGAGUGCCGAGCCUUUCCCAUUGCCCUGCAGCUGGUGGCCAAGGGAAUGGUGCAGCUAGGAGCAGAUAGGAAAACCUGCUGCAAAUCAGAAGGCCAACAGCCGAUUCAUCAAAGGACAUCAGAGGAAAACCAUGGGCGUCCCAAGUAUGCACACAAUGUACGCACAGAAGCAGGAGCCAUGGUACAAGAACUGGAUGGCAAGGUGCUUCUGUUGGGCAGGCCUGGCUCAGGAGAUUAAAAUGCAGCAUGUAAAUAUGAAGGCUUAUUAAUACACAGAACUGUGGAUGAAGUCCAGCGGACAUUCAGAGAAAACAGAAACAGCACAGAGCACUUUGCUUCUUGAAUCAACAGAAAUGGACUUGGGUUUUUUUGCCAGGUAAUUUCAGUGUGAGAGGGAUUUCUCUCUAAUACCCCCUGCACAGAAACGGGUU